UCGUGCGAUAGAUUGUACCUUCGAAGGCACUACGAUCGCUCAUGCCGGUCACCACGACUUAUUUUCUUUGAAAUUUCGUGUAAUUGCAAAGAAAAGUGAACCUAUAACAAAACUCCGAGGCGCUACAUAUCGAAAUAUAAAUGACUACGAAACAUUUAUAGCAACAUAUAAAAAUAUACGUAACCAAUACGGUUAAUAUAUAUUUUUGAUAAGUAUGAGAUAUAGGUAACAUAAGAAAAAAUAGCAAAUUAUUAUUAAUAGAAAUAAAUGUAUUCAACAAGAGAGAGCAUAUCAUCAAAUAUGGCGUUCGUAAGCAAGAAUAGUUUAAGAAUUUUAUGGACCUCAGUAGCGGCCCUAAUAUUCCUAACAAGAAGUAGUGCAGCACCUACGUUUGGCGGUACAGAUAAAGCAAUGAUGUACUUAGCUCAAUAUGGCUACCUCAGCCCCUCUGUGAAGAAUCCCUCCAGUGGGCAUAUUAUGGAUGAAAGUUCUUGGAGACGAGCAAUUGCAGAGUUCCAGAGCUUCGCGGGAUUGAAUACGACAGACGAAACAAUUCACGUGAUGGCUUUACCAAGAUACGAUGUCCGUUAUAAAGUAGGCUGUGGCGAAAACCGAAGAAAGCGAUACGUAGUUCAAGGUUCCAAAUGGCGUGCGAAGAAUCUUACAUACAAGAUCUCAAAGUACCCAUCAAGGCUGAAUGGCACUGAAGUGGACGCGGAACUAGCUAAAGCUUUUUCUGUUUGGGCUAACUACACUGACCUAACAUUUACUCAGAAAAGAAAUGGACGAGUCCACAUUGAAAUAAGGUUUGAGAAAGGUGAGCACGGAGAUGGUGAUCCAUUCGACGGACCUGGUGGUAUUUAUGCCCAUGCCUAUUUCCCUAUGUUCCGUGGCGAUACUCAUUUCGACGAUGAUGAAGAGUGGUCUAUCAAUUCAAAACGAGGAAUAAAUCUAUUCCAAGUAGCCGCCCACGAAUUUGGUCACGCGCUGGGUCUUGAGCACGGGAAUGUAAGUUCAGGUCUCAUGUCUCCCUAUUAUUAUAAAUAUGACCCCGCUUUCCAGUUGGACCAAGAUUCUAUUAAGGGUAUUCAGGCUAUAUACGGGCACAAAUCCCAAAUCGACAUCGGAGGUGGUUUUCCCAAAACACCAAAAUCCCUCGCGCUACAACUCAAGAGUCGGCAUCAGAAGAGAUAUACUCUUGGAGACACACAAAAGGACACAGAUAAUAAUUAG